UGACAUUACAGCUGCACUGGUCGAGCCUUGCAGAGAUGCCAACUGACCUCCGAAACCUCCUGGCACUCAACCGUGCCUACCAAGCAUUGCUCGACAACGCCAUCUGUGAGUUGGCAGAAAGGCUAGAAGAGAACAGGCAGCUGAGGAUGGAACUUUUGGCAGAGCUCUCCGAGCGAUCUGCGCGACCCGCAAAGCCGAAGGUGCGCAAAAACUGCUACCACUCGCUGGUGUUCCACCACCCGUACUUCAGGGACAUCAAUGGAAUGCGGGCGCCCAUGAACGAAGAUGAGAAGAUCAAGCGAGCCAACAAGGAGAUGGACCCGUAUCUCACCCCACCUUUGCAUUGGAGCGCCGAGGAAAACCGCAUGCUUGUAGGUGCUGGGGGGCUGUGUGUACUCGUGAGGGCGAAAUUUCCACGUGCACUUACUUCUUUACAUGAUGUCUUUGUGUUUCACUCCGAAAAGCUGUUAGCACCGCACGCCGCCAUGCAUUGUUUGGGACGCUUUGAGAUUGUGGAAGCAGUGAAGAGCAACGUGCUGCAGAGGAGUCUCGAGUCCAUGAUGGACCGCAAGGAGGCCCUGGCACAGAAGAUUCUGGAGACUGAGGAUCCCGACCAGAUAGCCGAAAUCACCGCUCGCAUAGACCAGCUGGAGGAGCAGAUGGCCAAGACUCGCGAUCUGAGCCUGGAAGAGCUGCUGGAGCAGGCUACGCGCCCCAUCGACUGGCUGCGCAUUGCAGCUGUCGACAUGCGGACGAACCGGACGCCAUUCGACUGCGAAGCGAGGUGGCGCAACCUGCUGGACGUGCGCCUGAACCAGGGCCCCUGGACUCCCGAGGAGGACGAGCGCCUCGCAACCGUGGCCGCCAAGUGGAAAGAGCGCAACUGGGACCAGAUUGGAUUGGAUUUUGCCGCUGCCUCUUGUCUGCACCUAGCAACAUACACUACAUGGCGGCUUCCGAGAUUAGCGACAAGAGGGUGCGCUGCGGCCCUGACUGUGCCAUGCUUGCAGAAAGUAAAAAAAAAAAGAGGGGUGCUUAUAUUCGCAUGUCGCAGAAAUACGGAAGUUAGCUGGGAUGUCAAGCCCACAUCUGUUUCUGCAUCACAGAUUGCCCAGGAGUUGAAGACCAACCGCAGCACGUACCAGUGUGCUCAACGCUACAUGAGCCAUCUUGCGAGGUGCCACAACACGGGCUCCUUCACGGAUGAGGAGAACCACAAACUAAAGCGCCUCAUCUCCGUCUGCUCCGAUGGGGACAACAUAUCCUGGUCACAGGUGUCUCACUAUAUGAACUGCCGGUCUAAGAAGCAGCUGAUAAACCGCUACCAUCGGUCCCUGCAUCCGAACAUAAAGCGGGGCCGCUGGUCAGCGCAGGAAGAUGUCAUGCUGCUCGUCGCUGUGAAGCCGUACGGGGACGUUAGCUGGUCCAAGAGCUGA